CAUGGCCACAGAAGAACAUUUCGAGGCUCCGCAGCCUCUGACCGAGCUUCCUNUUGCGCCUCUCACAAAAUCGCACAUCAUCCAUUGCUCAUACCACAACUGGUAUCUCAAAUACCGCGCUAUAUCACCCAAGGCUCGCCUUAUCCCUCUUACUCGUCCCUUCCUCGACUACCUCCGCGCAGACGGCAUUGUAAUCCNNCCUCCAGACGAGGACGACCCUCGCCGUGACUGGUCAGACAGCGAUUCUGGCAUCUUCUCGGCUUCUGAUACUGCUGGAGAAGAGGAUGAAGAUGAAGAGGAGGAUCCUUCUGCCGAGUGGCGCAACAUUCACCGAGCCAUCAAGAACACCAUCGCAGAGCUCGGUGGUAAGGUCGUGCCCAAGCUAAAUUGGUCUGCUCCCAAGGACGCUACCUGGAUCGCUGCGACCAACAGUAUGGAGUGCAGACUGCCCAGCGACAUCUACUUGCUCCUCAAGAGCUCCGACUUUGUCACCCACGAUCUCGAGCACGCCUACGACGACUGCAUUGAAGACGAGUCACUUUCCGAUGAAAUUCCCAAAACUACAAACGACAUUCCCUAUCACUUGGUCUUGCGCAAAUUCUUCCAGAUGAAUCCCUCGGUCGAAUUCAGGUGCUUUGUCAGAAAUCGUAAACUCAUCGCCCUCUGCCAACGAGAUCUAAAUCAUUUCGACUUCCUCUUCCGCAUGCAAGACAAGCUACGCCACGUCAUACACAAUUUCUUCGACGACAGACUUAAGCACACUUUUCCGGACGCCGACUUCGUCUUUGACGUCUACGUUCCUCCGCCGCAUGAUCGUGUUUGGUUAAUCGAUGUCAAUCCCUGGGCAGUCAGGACAGACCCCUUGUUGUUCAGCUGGCUGGAGCUAUUGACACUACCCGAACCACCGGAAGAGAAGGUCAUUCGCAUUCCUAUUAGACCUGCCGGUUUAGUCGCAGAAGGACAGGAGCAGUCCGAUUCCCAAACGGGCGAUGCAAAAGAGGGCGAGGUCACAGAAGGACGAACAGACAUGGAGGACGACGAUGAUGAUGAUGAGGAAGCCGACGAAGAAAUCUGGGUCCCAGAGUUCCGCUUGAUUAGAAAGGACGAUCCUGAAGCGUACAGCUUCAACACACCACAGUACAGCGCACACAAACUACCACGAGAUGUUGUUGAUGCAAGUCAGGGCGGCCCUGGUGCUUUGAGAGAAUUUGCAGACAAUUGGAAAGAGAUGCUAGCGAAACAGCAACAGGAGGACGCAGAGUACGAGAGUAGCGAGGGAGAU